GGGUUGGGUGGGUUAAUUGCGAAUGUCAGAGAAGGGACCAAUGGCUUCUCUAACCUGCCUUCUUCUGUAUAUGUGUCUCUCACAAUACACAGAACAAAAUCUUGGAAUUGCCCUUCUCUAAAUCCAGCCUGUAGCGUAGUAGUAUUACCGAGUGAGAGAGAGAGACACACACACCCACUCCAUUUCUUUUCUAUCACUUUCGUUUUCCCCUUCUUCUGAUUCCUUAUAUGUCCCUUCUUCAUCUUCUUUCUCUCUCCCUCUUCCCCACUUUAACCUAAAAAGCCUCGCCUUUUUCACCUCCUUCAUAAGCUCCCUUCUCUUUUCCCAGUCUUUUCAGGCCCCAACUUGCAGAAACGGAGGUGGAGGGGAAGAAACAAACAGAUUACAGUGUAAAAAAAGAAGAAAUAACUUAAACCAAGAACAACAACAACAAGGCCCUCUAUCUGCUUCUCUGCUCUCUGUUACACAAUAACUUUUUUGUUCUUAUUGCCUUCAAAUCCAAUUCUUUGUUAAAAAAAUAGAUAAACAAAAAAACCCAUCUUCUUCUUAUUAUUCUUCACAAUCAACACAAUCAUCAUCAUCAUCUGAAAAUCUCUUCAAUUUUAUAUAAUCAGGCGGCUUCUGGCCUCUGUUUUGGAACAGAGAGAGGGGAAGAGAAAAGGGGAAAAGGGAUUUUUUUAGCAAUGGCUCCUAGUUUUGACCUUGCUGUUUCUAACCUUUUAUGUGCUGAAGAGAAUUGCAUUUUCGACAAUAACGAUGAUGAUGAUGAAACAGUAGUUGAGGAGUUUGUGAUGGCUCCUUAUUAUCUUAGAACUCGUUGGAACCGGAACCCUCACCGCGGCGGCGGCGGUGACGAUGGGUUGCCGUUUAUGAGCGAUGAAUGUUUGAUUGAAAUGGUUGAAAAGGAAACCCAUCACUUGCCUGUUGAUGGGUACUUCAUGAAGUUGCAGAACGGCGAGUUGGAUGUUGGAGCAAGAAAAGAGGCCGUCGAUUGGAUUCAAAAGGUAAGUGCUCAUUUCAGUUUUGGAUCUCUCUGUACAUACUUAGCCGUAAACUACUUGGAUCGAUUCCUCUCCGCUUACGAUCUACCCAAAGGCAAAGCAUGGACAAUGCAGUUGCUUGCUGUGGCAUGUUUGUCCCUUGCAGCCAAAUUGGAGGAGACUGAAGUCCCCCUCUCUUUGGAUUUACAGGUGGGUGGAUCAAAAUUUGUGUUUGAAGCAAGAACCAUUGAAAGAAUGGAGCUUUUAGUCUUGACAACAUUGGGAUGGAGAAUGCAAGCAGUUACACCCUUCUCAUUUAUUGAUCAUUACCUCCGCAAGAUUAUCGAGGACGAACUCUCUAUCAAAAUGUUGAUCACCCGAUCCAUUCAUCUACUGUUGAACAUAAUACAAGGGAUUGACUUCUUGGAAUUCAAACCUUCUGAAAUUGCAGCAGCUGUGGCAAUAUCAGUAUCUGGGGAAGCUCAAUCAGUGGACCCUGAGAGAGCAAUUCCUCUUCUCAUUCAGCAACUCCAAAUGGAAAGAGUUCUGAAGUGUCUUAAAUUAAUCAAUGACAUGUUCUUAAUCUGUGAGGGUGGGACGGUGAAGGACUCGAGAGUGUUGAUAACGGAGCCCCGGAGCCCGAGUGGGGUGUUGGACGUGACAUGUUUAAGCUAUAAAAGCAAUGAUACAGCAGUUGGAUCAUGUGCAAACUCUUCUCAUCAUAACAGCCCAGAGGCUACAAAGAGGAGGAGACUGAACAGACCCUGCGAAGUGGAGCUAUAGGAAAAAAGGGGUGAUGGGAGGUGUGAUCUUCCAAUCCUAAAGUAAAUUUUUGAUGAGGUUUUUUUAGGGAAAAAAACGUCAGUUAUUGAAAGGAUAAUUUUAAAAACACAGAAAAGGAGUAGAAGAAGAGGAAUGCAGAAGCAAAGUCCCCAAUCUGUUUCUUUCUGUGAUGAAAGAGGAGGAAGAGGAGGAAUUUGGGUGUGGGAAUUGGGAAGUGUUUAAUUUUGAGAUACACUUUCUUUCUAGGUGUCAAUUUUUAUUGGUUGAGACCAAAAAAUGAAAAGAGAAAAAAAAAAAAACAAAAGGAUGCCCAAAGAAAUAGUGGGGCAAAAAGGAAAAAAAAAGUGGAAAAAAUUUGUCUAAUUUCAUAUAAAUUUUGGAAUUGUUUAAUAUAUCUUCUGUUGAGUCAUUUAAACAGUGUUUUUUAAAACUCACUAUGGGGCAGAGAGUCUGCAGCCCUUUGUUUGACCAUUUGUCUACUAUGACUGGGUUUUGCCUCUUUGCUUAUAUAUGGUAAAAGCCCAUUCAUUUAAUAAUAAAAUAAAUAAAUAAAUAAAACAAGGAUAGGGGAAGAAUAUUUUCGAGAA